UGGGAGGAGGACGGGGACCCCCCCGGGGGAGAGGCCGACGGGGAAGCGCCUCGGCCCGUGGGGCGGCUGCACCUGCUCAGCAGCAAAUAUGGGCCGGAGCAAGAUUUCUGGAUCUACCCCGGGGAGAACGUGGUGGGGCGGCUGCCGAGCUGCCGGGUCUGCCUGCCGGCCCCCUCGGUCUCCAAGGCCCACGCAGUGAUCGAGGUCCCGGCGCCGGGCGGGCCCCACCUGCUCUACGACCGGGGCAGCCUGAACCGGACCCGGCGCCAGCGCGGCGUCCUGCUGCCCCACGUCCGCUACAGCCUGGAGGAUGGAGACACCCUCAUGUUCGGGGACGUGGGCUGCCAGUACUUCCUGCUGCCACCGGGGGGCGCCGACCCCGAGGAGACUCUGGAGGUGCCACCCACCCAGCCCCGGGCUCCCAACACCCUGGCCAUUGAGGAGACCCCCGUGCCCAGCAAGAGGAUGGGCUACGGGCCCCUGCUGGCCAGGGACUCUGAGGAUGAGGAGGAGCUGCAGGGCAGAGGAAGGCUCCUGCACCUGCCAGGGAGCAAUGGCUCUGACUCCUCUUCUGACACUGGCGUCCGUUCCGACGCAGCCGUCUCCUCCCCGGGCGCAACCGUGGUGCCGGAAAG